ACAGGACGUGUCUGCUCUGAGCUGCAGCUUCACUCCACGACUCAAAGAUCACUGCUGGGAGCAACGAGAUAAGCUUUAUAACCAGCAUGCAUGGUCACAAUGACCUGACUCUCCGUCUCUCUCUCCAGAUCUCGUUGAAAUUGUGACAGAAACAUGCCUUUUUUGGAAUUCGUCGCAGGCAGUAUUUCAGGUGCAGUGGGGCUUGCAGUUGGGCAUCCAUUAGACACAGUGAAGGUGCGUCUGCAAGCCCAGUCUGUGUAUAAAGGAAUAUUUCACUGUGUGGCCAAAACAUAUACUAAUGAAGGGCUGCGUGGAUUCUUCAAGGGCAUGGCGUUCCCGGUGCUGACCACUGGCCUCAUUAACUCGGUGGUCUUUGGAUCUUACAGCAAUGCUUUAUAUUACCUGUCUCAGUGCAGACGCAGCGGCGGCUCUGCCUCUGCUGGACACAUCUUCACUGCCGGCUGCUUCUCUGGACUGGUGCAGGUGUUUGUUUGUGCGCCCAUCGACCUGGUGAAGGUUCGUCUGCAGGGCCAGACCAGUGCCGAGCGGUACCGCGGACCCAUUCACUGUGUGACCGUCAUCCUGAAGGAGGGGGGGCUCCGGGGCCUGUACCGAGGAGGGCUGGCCCUGGCCCUCAGAGACGUACCCUGCUAUGGACUCUACUUCCUGCCUUACGAGGUCACCCGUAAAGCUCUGACCAAGAGCGGCGAGCAGCCAGGGACCUUUGCCAUCUUGAUGGCUGGCGGCAUUGCGGGCGUGGUUACCUGGGCCUUCGCCACGCCCAUGGACAUGGUGAAAGCCCGGCUCCAGAUGUCCGGGGCCGGCGGCCGCGUGUACAGCGGCGUCCUGCACUGCAUGAGGGUGAGCCUGAAGGAGGAAGGGCCCAGGGUCUUCUUCAAAGGCCUCCUACUGAACUCUCUGAGGGCCUUCCCCGUCAACGCCGUCACUUUCCUCAGCUACGAGAGCCUCAUGAAGAUCUUCUGUCCGCCUGAAAGAUGAAAUCCAAGAUCAAGUGUUAUUUAGUGGAGCUUUUUACACACAAACGCACACACACACACACACACACACACACACACACACAACUGUGGGCCAGGGCGGUCACACACUUUUUACUUUAGUUGUAUUCAGACUGUAAAGUCUGAAUCUGAUGCUUUUCUCACUUGAUUUGAAUCCGUUAUUUUACAGCAAGUGUUAAAGGUGAGGAGACGUUAUCCAGCGAUCUAAGCUGGUAUGUCCUUUAUCUACAUGUCUCAACAGGCCACAUAUCUAACACACAAUCUGCCACACUCACAACCCCUGCCGCAGGAAUUUUCAACCAGGAAUAAAGUUUCUCUGAGGCAGCAGGUGAUAACCGCUGUUUGAAGAGGGCUCUCUGAACAGGACGUGUGUGUUCUGACACGCUAAGCCAGCUGCGACAGUUGAAUGAAAGGAAAAGAAAAGUAUAUUUCUCAUAAAAUGCGUUUAUGGCUACACAUUAGCACUCUGGUUUUGACUAUUUAAGUAUGACUAAGAAUAAAAGGAGAUGAUUGUUCCGUAAGAACACAUAUUAGAUCAGCUGUGGCAUAAAAAUUCUGACUAAAUAAAAAAAAAAUAAAAUAAAAAAUUUAAUUUUAUAAUUGAUCAUAUUCUGAGCAACAGUCCAAACCGCCUUUUUUUUAACCUGUGAUUGUCUGUAAUUAACAACACCAAUGCAUUUAGUACCAGAAACUUGAACAUGCUUUAAAGUGACUCCUGAAAACAUUGUAAGUUACAUGUUUUGUCACUUGAAAGGUUAAAACUGAACAGAUCUGAGAACUGCUCAGGUUUGCUGAGAAAUGUUCCCCACUUGACCUAAAACUGUGAAUGUAAAAUACACAGCUGCUGCAUUUAGGAAAAAAAAAAAAGUUUUUACUCAAGUUUUUGUAUAUUAAAGACCUCAUUUCUCCAAUAACUGAACGUAUACAUGA